CUAUCCUUCACUCUCUUCCUUGUUGUUCUUCUUCUUCUUCGGCUUCUCCCUUCACUUUUACCUCCCUUGGAAAGAAUAACACACUCUCACAUCUCCCCGCCUUCCCUCUCACUCUGCCCUCCUGUAUCCUGUAUUUCCCCUCCCCCACCACCAUAGCGCUUCGACUCUCCAAAAUUCCCAUUUACUCCCCCACCUAAAAUGCAGGUCCCAUUGCUUCGUCUUCAGUGUGGUGUCAACAGUUAUGACUGGGGCAAAAUCGGCCAUGAGUCUGCGGCCGCCAAAUAUGCAGCUACCUCGUCUGAUCCCGAAUUCUCGAUAGAAGCAGAGAAGCCUUAUGCAGAGCUCUGGAUGGGCACACACCCCUCCCUCCCCUCCAAGGACUUGGAAACCAGGCGGACUUUGCUCGACAUGGUGCAGGAUAACCAGGCUUUGAUGUCUACUGAGGUCAGCGAGCGAUAUGGUGGAAAGUUGCCGUUCCUUUUCAAGGUUCUUUCCGUUCAGAAAGCUCUCAGCAUCCAAGCCCACCCCAACAAGAAACUUGCAGAAAAGCUGCACGCGAGAGAUCCUCGCAACUAUCCGGAUGACAACCACAAGCCUGAGAUGGCCAUCGCCAUUACACCCUUCGAAGGAUUGUGCAGCUUCCGUCCUCUGGCUCAAAUUACCCACUUCCUCAAGGCCGUCGCACCCCUCCGGAACCUCGUUGGAGACCAGGCUGCCAGUGAAUUCGAGCGCACCGUCCAGGAUUCUGAGGAUUCGGAAGACCCCAAUGAUACCGCCAAGAACAAGGACGCUCUUCGCAAGCUCUUUACAACAUUAAUGAAGUCGUCUCCGGAUGAUAUCAAAGCAGCCACUAAGGAUCUGGUUGCAGCAGCUCAACAAGCAGACACUUUCGCUACGUCGUCUGAAUCUCCUGAGACAAAUCCUAGCAACCCUGCUGACCUGGCUGCCAUAAUCACUCGCCUUAACAGCCAGUUUCCUGAUGAUAUUGGUCUUUUUGUAUUCUUCUUCCUUAAUUUCGUGAAGCUUGCCCCAGGUGAGGCUAUGUUUCUGAAGGCCGACGACAUCCACGCCUACGUUUCCGGCGACAUCAUUGAAUGCAUGGCUUCGUCCGACAAUGUCGUGCGGGCCGGGUUUACUCCCAAGUUCAAGGAUGUGGACACGCUUACUGAGAUGCUGACGUACUCAUAUGCUCCUAUCGAGGAGCAGAAGCUCCAGCCGACCGACUACCCGUAUGUGGUGCUCAACGCGUCUGCGUACUCGAGUGGCUCGUCCUGUCUUCUUUACGACCCUCCCAUCGAGGAAUUCAGCGUUGUCAAAACGGAGCUCAGAAGACCCGGUGCCAAGGCUACCUUUGAUGGAUUGGUGGGGCCCAGCAUCUUAAUUUGCACGGGCGGGGCAGGAAAGAUCACAGUAGGCCACAAAACGGAGGAAGUUAAGGAGGGCUAUGUAUUCUUUGUGGGAGCCAAUGCCGAGUGCAUUAUUGAGAGCACUGACAGCGGAGAAGAGAAUCCUUUCGUCACCUACAAGGCUUUCUGCGAUCUAACUGGCAAGGAAGAUAUGGCGAACGGCAACUGAAGUCGUACGCAAGGCCAUGUUUCCAGGUUUCUAUCACGACCUUUAGUUCUACAUGAACACUUUAUCUCGGGUUUACCACUAGUCUGGAUCAGUUCAGAUGUAUAUAUAAUCUUAAUCACUUUGUGAGUAG